GCGUUGAUAUCAGCCAAUUGGAACACGUCGAGGCAGCAGUCUCUUACCGCUACACACCCACAUUACUUUUGUGUCAACCACUUCGCGGGAGUUGUCACUUCAGGAGCGGUCGUCUCUUUUAAACUAGACAAACAGUAUACGGGAGACUAGUAGGGCAACCAUGUCUGACAGAAAGGCAGUGAUCAAAAAUGCCGACAUGUCGGAGGACAUGCAGCAGGACGCCGUGGAGUGUGCCACUCAGGCCCUGGAGAAGUACAACAUCGAGAAAGACAUCGCUGCUUAUAUUAAAAAGGAAUUCGACAAGAAGUAUAACCCAACCUGGCACUGCAUCGUUGGGAGGAACUUUGGCAGCUACGUGACUCAUGAGACCAAGCAUUUCAUUUACUUCUACUUGGGUCAGGUGGCCAUUCUGCUGUUUAAGUCUGGCUGAGAGGGGAGGGAAAGUGUUUUCCCAACACCAGCUGACCACAUACAAUACGGACUGACUCCACAAAAGGCACUUAUCAUUCCUUGGCAAGGGGCCGCUGCCUUUUUCUGUGCUGCUUUCUACUUUUGUUUUUGAGGAUAUUAAAAAAAAAAAAAAAACUAAAACGUGACCAUGUUAAAGAGAUGAAACACUUGUAUUUAUUUUUGUCUUGUUACAUUAGACGUCAUUUUUUUAAUUAAAAGUGUAGCUGUUAAGCUGUUUGGGUCCAAUGCCUGCUGUGGUCUUUUUGCUGCACCAUUUCAUUUCAGUUUGCAAUUCCAUGUGACCUGUUACAACCUCUGUGUGUGUAGGUUAAUAUGACAGUGAAACUAACCAGUUUUUAGAGUGGUUAAUAUGAAUAUCUUAAGCCACAUCUAUUGUUAACCCCACCAUCUUUGAUGACAUCAACAAGGUGAUUUGUGCAGCUCCUGAUCUCCAGAAUAGUGUCUUAGGGCUACAUUUGUGAAGGUCAUGUACAGGAUGAGUUUAUUCCAAUCUGUGCUUCCUCGGGUCCUUGUAAUGGCUCUCACCAACAUGAAAGCCCAUCCGUUGUCUUCUGCUUAUCCGGGACCCCAUCAUGAAAGCAUCUUUGUUUAUUAAAUUCACCACACUGA